AUGCGUUUCCUUCAGACUUUGACAGCCUCGUUGCUGCUCAGUGGCAGCUCAUUAUGCGCCGAAGCUACUAGGACCGCUCUGAAGGCCCAGAAGGCUCACAAUGGAGCAAUUGCUCCCAAGGUCUUCAUUGUGUCAAUGUUUGCACCUGAAGCUGCCGCUUGGUGGAACAACCCCGAAUUCGAUUUGUUCGCCCACAAUAUCACCAUCCCUGGUCUCUCGCCUCUGUUCCCGGAUGUCUACUGCACCGAGAACUAUGAUGUUUGCCAGCUCGUCACCGGAGAAGGCGAGAUCAAUGCUGCUACCACUGUCACCGCCGUUGCUUUCUCCCCUGUAUUCAAUCUCACGCAAACCUACUUCUUCAUCGCGGGUAUUGCCGGCAUCAGCCCCAAGAGAGCCACCACUGGAUCCGCUACCUUUGCUCGGUACGCAGUCCAGGUCGCACUGCAGUACGAAAUUGAUAUCCGAGAGCUUCCCAGCAACUUUUCCACCGGGUACAUCGCGCAAGGCACUAAAUUCCCAGGCCAGUACCCGACCAACAUCUACGGCACAGAGGUCUUUGAAGUGAACGCCGAGCUGCGCACAAUUGCUGCCAAUUUCGCGCGCCAGGCCACCCUCGUCGACUCUGCCACAGCUCAGGCCUACCGCGCCAACUUCAAGACCCCCAGUGGGAAGUACAAGGCUGCCACCUUGCCCCCUAGUGUUGUUGAAUGCGAUGUCGCGACCUCCGACGUGUACUUCAGCGGCAACAUCCUCGGCUCGGUGUUUGAAAACACCACCAAGGUGUUGACCAAUGGAACUGGCGACUACUGCUCAACCGCACAGGAGGACAACGCCACCCUUGAGGUCUUGCUCCGGUCCUCGAUGCGCAAGUUGACGGAUUUCUCCCGCAUUAUCGUGAUGCGCACUGCGUCUGACUUUGAUCGUCCCUACCCCGGUGUUUCGGCGACCUACAACCUCUUCCAGUCUUCGAAGCAGGGCGGAUUUUUACCCGCGAUUGAGAACAUCUAUGUCGCUGGUAUCAAGGUCGUCGAGGGUAUCCUGGACGGGUGGAACACCACCUUUGCUGCUGGUAUCAAGGCCAACAACUACGUCGGUGAUAUCUUCGGUUCUCUGGGCGGUGUUCCGGACUUCGGUCCUGGCCCCAAGCAGGCUAAUGUCGCCGGUGGCACUUACAGAAAGCGCAGCCUUCACAACAACUUCAAGCUUCGUGUUUAA